GAGGGAGAGCCGCGGCGCGGCAGGAGGCGGAGGAGGGAGCCCGCGAGGGAGGGUCCGCCCGGCCCCCCCCGCCGGAGCUACCGCCGCCUCAGCCGCCGCCGGACUAGUAGUGGGGGAACAUGGCGCCGGGGCCGCCGUCGCCGCGGCCCGGAUCCCCGAGGCCACGGCCGCGCUGAGGGCGCCCAGCUGGAAGAAAUGUUGGCUUUUGGCAAUAAGAAGGAGUAAAAACUGACCUCAUAGUGGUGUACAAGCACUGUGGAACCUUACAUUUUUGCUCCAUGGGCAGCCAGCCUCCACUGGUAAUGUCGAGAAGCCCUCUGCUCGACUGGAAAACACUGAUCUGAUCUUGGAAGUGGCUGAUUGUGGCAGGAUGUGUCGACGAUGAUGAUGGCAAGAAAGCAAGAUGUCCGCAUUCCCACCUACAACAUCAGUGUGGUGGGAUUGUCUGGGACAGAGAAGGAGAAAGGCCAGUGUGGCAUCGGGAAGUCUUGUCUUUGCAACCGCUUCGUGCGCCCCAGUGCUGAUGAGUUUCACUUGGAUCAUACCUCUGUCCUCAGCACCAGUGACUUCGGGGGGCGAGUGGUCAAUAAUGACCACUUUCUCUACUGGGGAGAAGUUAGCCGCUCCCUGGAGGAUUGUGUGGAAUGUAAGAUGCACAUUGUGGAACAGACCGAAUUUAUUGAUGAUCAAACUUUCCAACCCCAUCGAAGCACGGCCCUGCAGCCCUAUAUCAAGAGAGCUGCUGCAACUAAACUUGCAUCAGCUGAAAAACUCAUGUACUUUUGCACUGACCAGCUGGGACUGGAGCAGGACUUUGAGCAGAAACAAAUGCCAGAUGGAAAGCUGCUGAUAGAUGGUUUUCUUCUUGGUAUUGAUGUAAGCAGGGGCAUGAAUAGGAACUUUGAUGACCAGCUCAAGUUUGUCUCCAAUCUCUACAAUCAGCUUGCAAAAACAAAAAAGCCCAUAGUGGUGGUCCUGACUAAGUGUGAUGAGGGCGUUGAGCGGUACAUUAGAGAUGCACAUACUUUUGCCUUAAGCAAAAAGAACCUUCAGGUUGUAGAGACCUCAGCAAGAUCCAAUGUAAAUGUGGACUUGGCUUUCAGCACCUUAGUGCAACUCAUUGAUAAAAGUCGGGGAAAGACUAAAAUCAUUCCUUACUUUGAGGCUCUCAAGCAGCAGAGUCAGCAGAUAGCUACAGCAAAAGACAAGUAUGAGUGGCUGGUGAGUCGCAUUGUGAAAAACCACAAUGAGAACUGGCUGAGUGUCAGCCGAAAGAUGCAGGCCUCCCCAGAGUACCAGGACUAUGUCUACCUGGAAGGGACUCAGAAAGCCAAGAAGUUGUUUCUACAGCACAUCCACCGCCUCAAGCAUGAACAUAUUGAGCGCAGGAGAAAGCUGUACCUGGCGGCCCUGCCAUUAGCCUUCGAAGCUCUUAUACCUAAUCUAGAUGAAAUAGACCACCUAAGCUGCAUAAAAGCCAAAAAACUCUUAGAGACUAAGCCAGAAUUCUUGAAGUGGUUUGUUGUGCUUGAAGAAACACCAUGGGAUGCCACUAGCCACAUUGACAACAUGGAAAACGAACGGAUUCCCUUUGACUUAAUGGAUACUGUCCCUGCAGAGCAGCUGUAUGAGGCCCACUUAGAGAAGCUAAGGAAUGAGAGGAAGAGAGCGGAGAUGAGAAGGGCAUUCAAAGAAAACCUGGAGACCUCGCCUUUCAUAACUCCUGGAAAGCCCUGGGAAGAGGCCCGUAGUUUUAUUAUGAAUGAAGAUUUCUACCAGUGGCUGGAAGAAUCUGUAUACAUGGAUAUUUAUGGCAAGCACCAAAAGCAGAUUAUAGACAAAGCAAAGGAAGAGUUUCAGGAGUUACUUUUGGAAUACUCAGAAUUGUUUUAUGAGUUAGAACUGGAUGCUAAGCCCAGCAAAGAGAAGAUGGGUGUCAUUCAGGAUGUUCUGGGAGAGGAGCAGCGAUUUAAAGCAUUACAAAAGCUCCAAGCAGAGCGCGAUGCCCUCAUUCUGAAGCACAUUCAUUUUGUUUACCACCCAACAAAGGAGACAUGCCCCAGCUGCCCAGUUUGUGUGGAUGCUAAGAUUGAGCACUUGAUUAGUUCUCGGUUUAUCCGGCCAUCUGACCGGAAUCAGAAAAAUUCACUCUCUGACCCCAACAUUGAUAGGAUCAACUUGGUUAUCUUAGGCAAAGAUGGCCUUGCCAGAGAGCUAGCCAAUGAGAUUCGAGCUCUUUGUACAAAUGAUGACAAGUAUGUGAUAGAUGGUAAAAUGUAUGAGCUUUCCCUGAGGCCAAUAGAAGGGAAUGUUAGGCUUCCUGUGAACUCUUUCCAGACACCAACCUUUCAACCCCAUGGCUGCCUCUGCCUUUACAAUUCAAAGGAAUCACUCUCCUACGUAGUGGAAAGUAUAGAGAAGAGCAGGGAAUCCACAUUGGGCAGGCGGGAUAAUCAUUUAGUUCACCUUCCCCUGACAUUAAUUUUGGUUAACAAGAGAGGAGACACCAGCGGAGAGACCCUUCAUAGCUUAAUACAGCAAGGUCAGCAAAUUGCCAGUAAACUUCAGUGUGUCUUUCUUGACCCUGCUUCUGCAGGCAUUGGUUAUGGACGCAACAUUAAUGAGAAGCACAUCAGUCAGGUUUUGAAGGGACUUCUGGACUCUAAACGUAACUUAAAUCUAGUCAGUUCCACUGCUAGUAUCAAAGACUUGGCUGAUGUCGAUCUGCGAAUUGUUAUGUGUCUGAUGUGUGGGGAUCCCUUUAGUGCAGAUGAUAUACUCUUUCCUGUUCUUCAGUCCCAAACCUGUAAAUCUUCCCAUUGUGGAAGCAGCAACUCUGUUUUACUUGAACUUCCAAUCGGACUACAUAAGAGACGGAUUGAACUGUCUAUUCUUUCAUACCAUUCCUCAUUUAGUGUCAGAAAGAGCCGGUUGGUUCAUGGGUACAUUGUUUUUUAUUCAGCCAAACGUAAGGCCUCCUUGGCUAUGUUACGUGCCUUUCUCUGUGAAGUGCAGGAUAUUAUCCCCAUCCAGCUUGUAGCACUCACUGAUGGCGCUAUAGAUGUCCUGGACAAUGAUGUAAGUCGGGAACAGCUAACAGAGGGGGAAGAGAUUGCUCAAGAAAUUGAUGGAAGGUUCACAAGCAUUCCCUGUAGCCAACCUCAGCAUAAACUUGAGAUCUUUCAUCCAUUUUUUAAAGAUGUGGUGGAGAAAAAGAAUAUAAUCGAGGCCACUCACAUGUAUGAUAACGUUGCUGAGGCCUGUAGCACCACUGAGGAGGUGUUUAACUCCCCUCGGGCAGGGUCUCCACUUUGCAACUCCAACUUGCAGGAUUCGGAAGAGGAUAUUGAGCCCCCGUCUUACAGCCUGUUUCGAGAAGACACAUCACUGGCCUCUCUGUCCAAAGACCAUUCCAAGCUCUCUAUGGAACUGGAGGGAAAUGAUGGACUGUCAUUCAUCAUGAGCAAUUUUGAGAGUAAACUGAACAACAAAGUACCUCCGCCAGUCAAACCAAAGCCUCCUGUCCAUUUUGACAUUACGAAGGGAGAUCUGUCUUACCUAGACCAAGGCCACAGGGAUGGGCAGAGGAAGUCUGUGUCUUCUAGCCCCUGGCUGCCUCCGGAUGGGUUUGACCCUUCUGACUAUGCUGAACCAAUGGACUCUGUGGUCAAGCCAAGGAAUGAAGAGGAAAACAUAUACUCUGUACCCCACGACAGCACCCAAGGCAAGAUCAUCACCAUUCGGAAUAUCAACAAAGCCCAGUCCAAUGGCAGUGGCAAUGGUUCCGACAGUGAAAUGGACACCAGUUCUCUAGAGCGAGGCCGCAAGGUGUCCAUGGUGAGCAAGCCAGUGCUGUACAGGACGAGAUGUACCCGGCUGGGGCGGUUUGCUAGUUACCGAACCAGCUUCAGUGUGGGGAGUGAUGAUGAGCUGGGACCGAUACGGAAGAAAGAGGAGGAUCAGGCAUCCCAAGGUUACAAAGGGGACAAUGCUGUCAUUCCAUAUGAAACAGACGAAGACCCGAGGAGAAGGAAUAUUCUUCGAAGUCUGAGGAGGAACACGAAGAAACCAAAGCCCAAACCCCGGCCAUCCAUCACAAAGGCAACCUGGGAGAGUAAUUAUUUUGGGGUGCCCUUAACAACUGUUGUGACUCCGGAGAAGCCAAUCCCCAUCUUUAUUGAAAGAUGUAUUGAGUACAUUGAAGCCACAGGACUGAGCACUGAAGGCAUCUACCGAGUCAGUGGGAACAAGUCAGAAAUGGAGAGUCUGCAGAGACAGUUCGACCAAGACCACAACCUGGACUUGGCAGAGAAAGACUUUACAGUAAACACUGUGGCUGGUGCCAUGAAGAGCUUUUUCUCCGAACUGCCAGACCCUCUGGUCCCUUACAACAUGCAGAUUGAUCUGGUGGAGGCACACAAAAUCAACGAUCGAGAACAGAAGUUACACGCCCUUAAGGAGGUGUUAAAGAGGUUCCCAAAGGAAAACCAUGAAGUCUUCAAAUAUGUCAUCUCUCACCUGAACAAAGUCAGCCACAACAACAAGGUGAACCUCAUGACCAGUGAGAACCUCUCCAUCUGCUUCUGGCCCACGCUGAUGAGGCCGGAUUUCAGCACCAUGGACGCGCUCACGGCCACGCGCACCUACCAGACAAUCAUCGAGCUCUUCAUUCAGCAGUGCCCCUUCUUCUUCUACAACCGGCCCAUCAGUGAGCCCCCGGGUGCCAUGCCCAGCUCCCCCUCUGCGGUGGCUUCCACCGUCCCUUUCCUCACCUCCACGCCUGUCACAGGCCAGCCGUCACCCCCUCAGUCCCCACCCCCCACCCCCCAGUCCCCGAUGCAGCCUCUGCUCCCCUCCCAGCUGCAAGCCGAACACACUCUGUGAGCCACUAGAACCUGGGGCGACAGGAGAACCAGUCUUCUCUCUGACGGGGCGGCAUUUGGCCUUGGACAAAACCAAGUCGACAGGGCAGGGGCCAAAGGUCCCCCUCCCCUGUCACCUUCUCAAGACCUGAUCAGUGGCACCAGCCAAUGGUCCCCCACAGACCAGGCUGUCAGGCACCCGAGCCCAAUACUGCAGGCCUGGUGGCUGCAGGCAGCGCCGUGGAUGGGCCCUGCCCUCUGACGUGGACCACUGGGGACCAGCCCAGUCAGGCACUGCUCCCCAUACCACUGCCACUGCACGCCUCUGCACAUGCCAGCCUUGGGGUGUCACCUGCUUCUGCGGUGCCCGCUUCUGGGACAGAUCCCGGCCUCUGCCUGGGGAGCAAGGAGUUCUGAGAUGAGGCUGCCCAGCCAGCUGCACCCUAAAGAGAACACAUCCCAACUGUCUUGUCUCCUCCCACCUUCGCGUCUGCACACACGCUGGGGUGAGGGGUCCCUGGGAGCAUGUGGGCCAUGCAGGGUGUCUGCCCAGCAGAUAGAACUACAGGAGGAGAACUUUGAGCCUGGACCGAGAGGGUGUGCCUUCCCCCACCCAACCACCCACUUCAGGACUUCUGGACACAUUCCCUUCCCAGCAGAGCAACACUGGAAGGAGAUGGAAAGGCUCCUCCAAGAGUGAAACAGAUAAGGAAAACACCCAGAGAACACUACAGACCUCAAGGUUCCAGCCCUGCUGGGCAGGCAGGUGGGAGCACCCUAUCUGUGACAGCAGACAAGGAUGCCCAUGGCCCAGCCUGCAAGCCUUUGGGUCCCGCUUACAUCCUCUUAGCAGACCCCUGGCCCUAAGAAGAUGGUUUGAGCCCUCGGAGAAGCUGGCAGUGGGACCAAGCUGGCCCCGGGCUCCUGACACUACACUUCAGAAACACUACUCAUGGGUGCCCAGUCUGGCUUAGGGCUUGGGGUUGGCUGGGGAAGGCCACAGCAGGAGUGUCUGGUACGUGGGCUGGCAUGGGGCAUUGAAGAAAUGGUGAUCCUUGCAGCCUGCACAGGAAUCCUUUGUGCAGGGCUCAGAGGAGCUGAGGGCACUGAGUAUGUCCCUGCCAGUCACCACCAGCCUGGCCCUCCCGGACACCCCCGUGAGCCCCUCCCACACCUCCCUCCAUCCCCAGCACAGCAAUUCUGCUGGAUGGCUGUUCCCACUGCCCAAGGGUCCAGCCUCAUGACUGGGCCCCCACCUAACACUAAGGUCCCUGGGCAUGGGAGUGUGGGGCAGAGGGCCCUGCACCGCCCCGCCCCGGGUCCUGUCAUUGCACUUUAGGAGCAGCUUAUGUGGCAAGUUCCGAGGGGCCUGGCGGGGAAGGAGGAAUGUCCCCCACCUGCACCUCCCAUCCAGCCCCUUCCCCCCCAGGUCCCCCCUUUGGAUAAGCUGGCUGUGUCUCCAGUCCUGGUGGCCAAAUAAGGUGCUUGGCAACACUAACUUAGCCUGCAAUUGUACCACCCUCCCAAGAACACGCAUCCAAAUCAAGCCCGAGGUACAGACCCCUGUGGAGAUGUGGGUGGUGGCUCUUCUCCCCUCCACCGGGCCCUGGGCUGGAGGUGGGGCAGGUAUCCUUUCAGCUGAGGUUGGCACACCGGACUGUGGCUCUCAAACUCCUGCAGCCUGAGCCUGGGUAUCACUUAAGUUCUCUACUUCUUAGUCUUGCUCUUCCAAGGAGUUGGAGUGGCAGGGGACUUGGGGCUGUUGCUUGUAUGAACAGGGGCAAAAGCAGCCACAUCCAGCGCUGGGCCAGGCCGUCAUCCCUGGGGCUGCUGCGUUCUCCUAGGGCAAGGUGCCAGGGCCUCCUGCCUGCAGAGCCCCCAUCCAACCUGGCUUCUGCUUUCUCUGCCACCGUCUUAGCCUCUCACUUCCUGCUUCUCCAGGCUGAGGCCCUGAGGACAGACAGUCACUCUGCCACAGUGUGGGCCCUGAGCUUCACCUCUGGUCGGCUGGUCAGGUUGGCAAGCUUCCGCGGGGCCUCGGGCUGCACAGCCCACCCACACCUGUGGUGGCCAGCAGGGUCUCUGUCCAGGACAGCUGAGUGGGGCAGUCGCUGCCCCUGCCCGUGACACCCUGGGUGAUGAGUCAAGUCCAACUCUACUCUGCUUGGCCCCCAGCUGCUGCAGGGAGGGUUGGCCUGUGUCACAGUGUUAGCACGCACCGCUUCAUUCUGUCACACCCCAUCACUUGGCAUUUCCUGGCAGAACACAGGUCUGUGCUCUGGCAGAGUGUUCGGUGAGGGUGGCCUCACAGGAGCGGCUCUCUCCUGGCCUGAGGGGAGGGAGCCCUGGUGGCUGCCGACCCCCUGGUAGACAGCCUCCCUGGGCCCUGUGCCUCAGCCCCCGAACCUGACGGUAGGUCAGCUUCAGCAUCUUGUCAUCGAGUCAUCUGUGGCUGUGCUCCCUCUCCUGUCUUGGGGGCAGAGCUGCACUGCACUAGCAGCGGUGUUCCAGGAAGGUCCCUUUGUCCAGGGCAGUCAGUGAAGGAAGCUGCAGGUGUGUCGGCUGGCAAAUGGCUGGGCUGUGCUUAGGGAAGAGGACGAACUGGGCAUCCCAGGCCCUCUCAGCCCCUCCCCUCAGAGCCAUCUGGGCUGGCCCCUGCUGGGCCCUCCUGGCCACCCUGUCACACUCAACCACAGCUUUCCGCGCAGUGAAGACAAGGCGUAAGUUAUUGUUUGCAUCAAGGAAUCAUGUUUCCUGUGUACAUUUUAAAAAGAAAUGUCUCCAAAUUGUAUGGGAAUAAAACUUGUUUGAAAAUUCGGAA